AUGAGCCAGAUCGAGCAGGAGGAAAGCAAAAGGUUUUUCAAUGAUGAGCUUGAUACUUCGGAGGUGUCAUUGAAUUUUAAAUCUGAGAAUAAAGAGUCAUUUCUAUUUGCAAAUAGCGAUAAUGAUAAGGAAUCCGUAUCAGUCAGUGAAACUCCAGAAGACGAAGGUGAAAAAACCUUUCCAUCGGCAGUGAAGGAAGUUGUUAAAGAUGACCAAGAUCAGUUUAUUGGGGAGCUUCAGAGAAUUAUCCCAGAGAUGCCAAUGAGUCUUGCAGUGGAACUGAAUGAAAAGUUCAGUAGCCAGUCUGAAGGGCUCUCUUUGGCAUUGUCUCACUACUUUGAUCAUUAUAAUGGAAAACUUGGCGGUAAUUUGCCGUCUUCCCCAACCCAGGUAAACACAAGCCCUGAUACUUCUAUUUCAGCCUUAUCCCCCUCUCCAUCUCAUGUUAGAAAAAGAAAAAAUUACGGUUUCAGAAAUCAAACGCGAUUAGAAGAUGAUAUUACUUGGAAAAGGUUUAUAGGUGCUCUGCAAGUCACUGGUAUGGCUACAAGGCCCACCGUUAGACCCCUGAAAUACGGUUCUCAGUUAAAGCUAAAAAGAUCAAGUGAAGAGAUUUCUGCCACCAAAGUUUAUGAUUCACGAGGCAGGAAGAAAACCUCCAUGGCCAGUCUAGUAAGAAUAUAUGAUAUCCAGUAUAAUAGAGAAAUUGGCCGAGUCCCCGAAGACAUCGCUCAAAUACUAUACCCCCUUUUAAGCUCUUCAGAAAUAAGUUUUGAAGCUACGUUAGUCUUUUGCGAUAACAAGCGUUUGAGCAUAGGUGACAGCUUUAUCUUACAAUUGGAUUGCUUUUUGACCUCCACAAUUUUUGAGGAAUCAUCGAACGAUGAUCUAUCUUUCAUGAAAAAAAGACGUACAGAAAGAGACAAUAAAAGAGAAAAAGACAAUACUAGAUUUGGUAGAUCAUUGACCGAAACCGAUGAGGAGCUGGAGAAUCGUUCGAAGAGACUGGCUCUACUAAAGUUAUUUGAUAGGUUGAAACUAAAACCUAUUUUGGAUGAACAGAAGGCAUUAGAAAAGCAUAAAAUAGAACUUAAUAGCGACCCAGAAGUUAUUGAUAUAGAUGAUGACGAGAUAAACGCUGACCAAGUGACUGAGGUCCAUGAGGACCCUCGGAAUACCCAACAUGAAGAAGAAACAAUGAACCUAAAUCAACUGAAAACUUUCUAUAAAGCUGCACAAUCUUCAGAUUCUUUGAAAAGUUUACCUGAAACAGAGCCUUCCCGUGAUGUUUUCAAACUGGAAUUACGAAACUAUCAAAAGCAAGGUCUUACCUGGAUGUUGAGAAGAGAACAAGAAUUUGCUAAAGCCGCAUCUGAUGAGGAGACUUUGGAAACAGAUGCUAAUAUGAUAAACCCUUUAUGGAAGCAAUUUAAAUGGCCGACAGAUAUGUCGUGGGCAUCUCAAAAGGCCAGACAAGAUCAUGUUAAUUUGGAAGACGAUAUAUUCUUUUAUGCGAACUUGCAUUCUGGUGAGUUUUCAUUAGCAAAACCUAUAUUGAAAACGAUGAUAAAGGGUGGUAUCCUAUCGGAUGAAAUGGGUUUGGGUAAAACUGUUGCAGCAUAUUCACUAAUUUUAUCUUGUCCUUACGAUACCAGUGCUGUCGACAAGAAACCUUUCGAUGCUAAGACUACAGAAGGUGCUGAUGAUAUUCCUAGUUCCUUUACAUCAUCUUCACAAGAUAACAAAAAGCCUUAUGCAUCUAAAACAACUUUAAUUGUAGUUCCAAUGUCGUUAUUGACUCAAUGGGGUAACGAGUUCACAAAAGCUAACAAUUCGUCUGAUAUGUAUCAUGAAGUGUAUUAUGGUGGGAAUGUUUCUAGCUUGAAAACAUUACUGACGAAGACUAGGAAUCCGCCAACUGUAGUCCUUACUACAUAUGGUAUUGUUCAAAACGAAUGGACCAAGCAUUCUAAGGGAAUGAUGACAGAUGAGGACGUGACUAUAACAUCUGGGUUGUUUUCUGUUGACUUUUAUCGUAUAAUUAUUGAUGAAGGCCAUAAUAUAAGGAACAGAACGACUGCCACAUCCAAAGCCAUUAUGGAUUUACAAGGGAAAUGUAAAUGGGUUUUAACGGGUACACCGAUCAUUAACAGGCUUGAUGAUUUGUACAGUCUUGUGAAGUUUUUAAAAUUAGACCCCUGGCGCCAAAUCAACUAUUGGAAGACUUUUGUAUCAACGCCCUUUGAAAAUAAAAACUAUAAACAAGCAUUUGAUGUGGUGAAUGCAAUCUUGGAACCUGUCUUAUUAAGAAGAACAAAACAGAUGAAGGACACAGAUGGUAACCUAUUAGUAGAGUUGCCGCCAAAGGAAGUCGUCAUUAAAAAAUUACCGUUCAGUAAAUCUCAGGAUGUAUUAUACAAGUUUCUACUGGAUAAAGCUGAAACGUCCGUGAAAUCGGGAAUUGCACGAGGUGAUUUGUUAAAGAAAUACUCUACGAUUCUUGUUCACAUCUUGAGAUUAAGACAGGUCUGUUGUCAUCCAGAACUUAUUGGAACCCAAGAUGAGAACGACGAGGAUUUGUCCAAGAACAAUAAAUUAGUUACGGAACAAACUGCGGAGCUCGAUACUUUGGUUCGUGUAACCUCCGAAAGAUUCGGUAGCUCUUUCACCAAGGAAGAUUUAGAAACAGUGAUGGAAAAGUUGAGAUUUAAGUAUCCAGAUAAUGAAUCACUUCAACUGUUGGAAUGUUCUAUUUGCACAGCGGAACCUAUUAACUUGGAUAACGUGGUAUUCACUGAAUGUGGUCACAGUUUUUGCGAAAAAUGUUUAUUUGAAUAUGUCGAGUUUCAGAACGGUAAGGAGCUUCCUUUAAAGUGCCCAAACUGUCGUGAACCAAUAGAUGGGAGUCGUUUACUGGCCUUGAGGCGACAAAAUGUCAGUCCAGGAAACGUGGAAUUUAAAGCAUAUACCUCUGCAUCGAAGUCAAGUAAGAUCACUGCCCUAAUGAAGGAGCUUCAAUUGCUACAAGAUAGUUCCGCAGGUGAACAAGUUGUUAUAUUUUCCCAAUUCUCUACCUACUUGGACAUCCUGGAGAUGGAACUUACUCACGCUUUCCCCAAUGACGUCGCCAAGAUCUACAAAUUUGAUGGCCGUCUUUCUUUAAAAGAAAGGACUAGUGUACUAGCUGAUUUCGCUGUUAAGGACUAUAGCAGACAGAAAAUAUUGCUACUGUCACUGAAAGCCGGUGGUGUGGGUUUGAAUUUGACUUGUGCAUCUCAUGCCUACAUGAUGGACCCAUGGUGGUCACCCAGCAUGGAAGACCAAGCUAUAGAUCGGCUCCAUAGAAUUGGACAGACGAGCAGCGUGAAGGUCGUUAGAUUCAUUGUUCAAAAUAGUAUAGAGGAGAAAAUGCUGCGCAUUCAAGAAAAGAAGAGAACCAUUGGUGAGGCCAUGGAUGCCGACGAGGACGAAAGAAGGAAAAGAAGGAUUGAGGAAAUCCAAAUGCUGUUCGAGUGA